GCCACCACGUCGGGCUUGCCUGCCCGUGUCCUCGCCAAGGUGACGACGGCAGCGGCGACGGCCCUCGCCCCCUCCUUCCUAGCCCGUAGCCCCGUCUGCUUACACGUUCAUCGCUAACUGCCUAUGCCGCGGGCGAGGACGACACGGGCAAGACACGCAGAUUCGGCGGAGAUCCGUAGAGGCAGGGGCGGAUCCGACGGGGCCAACGGGGUCCGCGGAGACGGGGGCCUCUGCCUGCACCACCGCCCUCGCCUCCUUGAAUCGCCCCUGCCUCCACGGACCCCGCUGACCCCCAUCGGACCCGCCCAUGUUUGCCUCGCCCUUGCCAUCCUCGCCCGCGGUACAUGCAGCCAGCAUCGCCACAGAUUCGUCAAUGCGUUACAUUACAAGAUCGACGAUGUCACCCAUCAAAACCCUAGAUCUGCUGCCCAUCGGUCAAUCCCCAGACCCUUGACCUGUCGAUCCGGCCAUGGCCUCCCGCCGGGUCCUCGCCUCCCUCUUGCGCUCCUCAGUUCGCCGCUCUCCGGCGCCGCGGCCCCCCGCCUCCACCCCUAGGCCCCUGAUCUCGACCCGACCCUCUCCGGCUGGAUUCCUCCUCUCCCUCGCCGUCGAGUACGCCACCGCAGUUGCUCCCUCUCCUGCCCCAUCGACCCCGCCUCCGAGGACCGCUGCCAGUCCCAGCGGCAAGAUCACGGACGAGUUCACCGGAGCGGGUGCCAUUGGGCAGGUAUGCCAGGUGAUCGGCGCCGUCGUCGACGUCCGCUUCGACAAGGGAUUGCCGCCAUUCUUGACGGCUCUCGAGGUGUUGGACAACUCGAUCCGGCUUGUCCUGGAGGUGGCACAGCACUUGGGGGAGAACAUGGUGAGGAUAAUCGCUAUGGAUGAGACAGAGGAGCUCGUUCGUGGGCAGAGGGUGUUGAACACCGGCUCGCCGAUCACUGUACCUGUUGGUAGGGCCACCCUUGGGAAGAUCAUGAAUGUUAUUGGAGAACCAAUUGAUGAGAAGGGUGAAGUAAGUGGUUUCUCUGUCUUUAUUGGUGUUGGAGAACAUACCUGCGAAGGUAAUGACUUGUUCAGGGAAAUGAUUGAGAGUGGAGUGAUUAAGCUUGGAGAUAGACGGGUCUGUGACUACUUGGCUUUGUCAACGUAACCAUAUCUGGUUGUAAUGCUGACUUUCAACUUAAAUGGCAACAUGUGGUCAAGUGAAUGAACCUCCUGGUGCUCGUGCUUGUGUUGGCCUCACUGGGUUGACAGUGGCUGAGCAUUUCCGAGAUGCUGAAGGGCAAGAUGUGCUUCUGUUCAUUGACAAAAUUUUUCAGUUCACCCAAGUGAGUUUUCAGUAAUCUGAUCUGAUCUUUUAUAAGCAGUUGGUUACCAACCAACAUUAGCUACUGAUCUUGGAGGACUUCAAGAGCAUAUCACAACAAAAAAAAGGGUUAUAUUACCUCUAUACAAGCUAUUUAUGUGCCUGCUGUUGACUUGACUGAUCCAGCACCUGCAAUUACCUUUGCUCAUCUUGAUGCCACAACCGUGCUGUCAAGACAGAUUUCUGAGCUUGGUAUUUAUCCUGCUGUCGAUCCUCUUGAUUCUAUGUCAAGAAUGCUUUCUCCUCACGUAUUGGGUGAAGAGCACUACAACACUGCUUGUGGUGUUCGAAACGUCCUCCAGAACAACAAGAAUCUUUAGGAUCUUAUUGCAAUUUUGGGAAUGAAUGAACUUAGUGAAGAUGACAAAUUAACCGUGGCUUGAGCUAGGAAGAUCCAGCGAUUUCUGAGCCAGCCUUUCCACGUUGCUGAGGUGGUCACUGGUGUCCUGGGAAGUAUGUAGAACUGAAGGAGAGCAUUAACAGCUUCCAGGCGAUGAAAAUGAUUUUAAAAGGUGUUAUGGAUGGGAAGUAUUGAUGAUCUUCCCGAGCAGUCUUUUUACAUGGUUGGAGGGGAUUGAGGAAGUUACAACCAAGGCUGAAAAAAUUGCAAAGGAAUCUAUCUGCCUCCUAAGCAAGAUUUUUAUUUAUUUACAAUAAUCCCGCACCGCAAAAAAGGUAUUUCAAUGAAUGAACAAACUCCUCCACCGCAAUUGCAGGGUUACUUCCGCCAGGUUUAUAGACCAUCUUCUAUUAGGUGGCGGCUACUGCAUGCGCCAGACGUCAAGUCAAUGAAUUGAAGGUUCGAUUUCUACCCCAGUAAUAUGAGUAGGAUGAUGAAGUCAAAUUAUCGUGACAUGUAAUGAUCUUACGUUAGAGUAUUUAUAGCGCAGUACAAGCAGCAGUUACUACUUAAACAUCAGAGUCGGCAUUGUCUCGAGGUAAAAUGCAUUUACGCAGCUUAUACGCCGACGACGUGGUCAGUAGUUUUCUCAUGGGUCUAUCUUCUUGUAUUAAUCGUGCACAUAAUGACUAUUACAAUUUUGGGAGGUACGGCGUCGGAGGUGGAUGAUUCGGAGUAAAGGCUUAAUUGCUUCUUCCGGUACCCAUCCCACAUCAAUCGCGUCGACGUGAAGGCGACUUGGCUUUAUCGAUACCAUCACUCCAUGGAAAAGAUGCAUUGAACCUGAGCCAUUGUGGUGGGGCUACCGGUUCUGGAGCUGGUAAACAUGUGAAGACAAAACAUGCACUAUGUUCAGCAGUGCCGACAAAGAAGAACGCCCGAUCCGUCUUAUUACCUCAAAGCGGGUUCAGUCACAGCGGAGGAAGAUUCGGCAGCACUGUCGGACUUGUGAAUGAUUGCGACUCAUCCGCGUAGACUCGGAUUUGUCUCGCGUCGAUGGCGGAAGCUAUGAACGAGCGUGUGGGGGCAGCGUGCUCUGUUUCCGCUUCGUUCUAUUCAGUGGUGAGGAACAGAUUAGGUCUGCCAGCCUAAUCCCGUUACGUCUCGAGUGUUCCUGCCAAGGUAGUGCGGUCCUAUCACGAAACGCCCGAAGCCAGUCAAAAAUUAUAGUUUGUUCAAUGUAUGGUCGAUCAAUGAUUAGGACUGCACACGAGAUUUUGAUUUGGCGUAGAACAAGGGCCACUUGCCUAGUGGAAUGUACUGUUACGAUAUUAAGAACGCAGCUAUCAAUGGAUGCUGGAAUGAUUUGAGGUUUGA